UCCUUGGUUUCGUGUUCCGGUGCCCGACGGCUGCCUGGGAGAUGCAGAAGUUGGGUGGGGCGGGAGUAAACAAGUUAGACGAGCAGCUGCGGCCUCCUGGGCGCAACGGGGACUAGAAGAAGAACCCGGCGAGCCGGGCGCUUCGGUUCCCAUCGCGCGCGGACUUUCCUGCGCGCCGCGCACCCGGGAGCUGACUCUGAGCCAGCUCGCCCGCCCCUGCGCUGUGGCCCGCUCAGGAAUCGGGCAUUUACGCAGCUGAUAAAGCGAAAUCGAGCCUGACAUUGAGGGUCCACUUCAGGAGAGAAGAUGCGCGCACCCAUUCCAGAGCCCAAGCCUGGAGACCUGAUUGAGAUUUUCCGCCCUUUCUACAGACACUGGGCCAUCUACAUUGGUGAUGGAUAUGUGAUCCACCUGGCUCCCCCAAGUGAAAUUGCAGGAGCCGGUGCAGCCAGCAUCAUGUCUGCCCUGACUGACAAGGCUGUGGUGAAGAAGGAACUACUGUAUGAUGUGGCCGGGAGAGAUAAGUACCAUGUCAAUAACAAGCAUGAUGACAAGUACUCGCCGCUGCCUCCCAGCAAAAUCAUCCAGCGGGCAGAAGAGCUGGUGGGGCAGGAGGUGCUCUACAAGCUGACCAGUGAGAACUGCGAGCACUUCGUGAAUGAGCUGCGAUAUGGAGUUGCCCGCAGUGACCAGGUCAGAGAUGUUGUCAUGGCAGCGGGCAUUGCAGGAGUGGGCUUGGCAGCCAUGGGCCUCAUUGGAGUCAUGUUCUCAAGAAACAAGCGACAAAAGCAAUAAGUCGAAAGGACGGUCCUGUUAGCAAUAACUUUAUAUGUUAAGGGGGGUCUUGUUUUGCUGGAGAGUUUGGGGUUUGGUGUGUAGAUUCCAUUUUGUUUUAUAAUAAGGCUUAUUUUCACAAAAUAAAGUAAAGCACAGUAAGAGAGGAUUUUAUUGGGGGAAAUGCAACAAGAACUGCCUGGUGUGAAGUCUGUUGAAGGAAUAACUGGGUGCACGCCCGUUGAUGCUCUUCUGUGAUUUUCUCUUUCACUCUGCUGGCUGUGUUCUUUGUAGUGUGGCUGGUUCUCUGAGGUCAACAAUUACUGCUCGGUGAGCUUGGCAGAUGUUCAGGGUCCGUUUCCCUGAGGGGGAUUUUUGAGCUUCUCAGAAAUAUCCUGUUGGGUUGACCGUCCUCUCUUCCACAGGGCCAUGUCUCCCUGCUACCUGGAUGCGGAUGUUUCUGUUGUCUGGAGACUGUCUUGUCUGUUAGGGUCCUGGACAGGGUUUACAAAGGGCUCCAUGCCAGCUCCCUCUUGCUUGGCCCACAUCUGGUGUUGGAUAAAUACAUGACUAUCCAUCCGUAUUGACGGAAAAAACAGCUUGAUGGAAAAACGGCUUUCUUCCAGUGUAGUUUCAUUUCUUUUUAUCUUUGCUCUCUUGAUGUAUCUCAUACCAGUUCUGAAACUCUCCAAACCUAAGUGACACAGGCCAAGCUCAGAGGGUGGGUUUCUUGCAGCUCUCUCUCAUGUGGCAUAAGGUGAAGAGGAGUGUAAAUCUCUGAACUAAUUAUGGAGAAAAACAAGAAUGAGGAAACUGAAUACGAGAAAGUGAAACAAAAGACACUGGGCUCAAUCAAAACAAAACACAACACCAACAAUAGAGGAGGAAAGAUUAUGUACAAAAAGUGGCAUAUAUAGAUACUGAAAUAAAAUGAAAAAAUGGA